AUGUGUGGAAUCUUCGCGUGUCACCAUCAUCCCGAUGUCCAGCAGUUCAAGCCCACGGCUUUGCGCAUGGCCAAGGCUGUGCGUCACCGCGGUCCCGAUUGGAGCGGAAACUUCUGUGCCGAGAGCACCAUUCUGGCCCACGAGCGUCUGAGCAUUGUCGGUGUUGACUCCGGUGCCCAGCCCCUGGUCAACGAUGACAGCUCCCUCGCCCUUGCCGUCAACGGCGAGAUCUACAACCACCGCACCCUCCGCAAGAACCUCCACCACAAGUACAACUUCAAGACUCACUCUGACUGUGAAGUCAUCAUCCCCCUGUACGAGGAAUACGGUCUCGAUGCCCCCAAGCACCUUGAUGGUAUGUUCUCUUGGGUUCUCUGGGACAAGAAGCAGGACCGCGUCAUUGCUGCCCGUGACCCCAUUGGUAUCACUAGCUUCUACCUUGGUCGUUCCUCUUCUACCCCCGGUGCUGUCUACUUUGCCUCCGAGCUCAAGUGCCUGCACCCCGUCUGCGACGACAUCAUUGCCUUCCCCCCCGGCCAUGUCUACGACUCCAAGACCGACUCCCUGACCCGCUACUUCGAGCCUAAGUGGUGGGACCCCGCCAACGUUCCCUCCACCCCCGUUGACUACAAGGUCGUCCGCCACAGCCUGGAGAAGGCUGUUCGCAAGCGUCUGAUGGCCGAGGUUCCCUACGGUGUCCUGCUGUCCGGAGGUCUGGACUCCAGUCUGGUGGCCUCCAUCGCCCAGCGUGAGACCCUGCGCAUGGCCGAGGCUGCCCGCAAGGCCCCUCAGACCAACGAGGACGGCGAGCUGGUUGGCAUUGAUGAUGACAACGAGCUGUCCACUGUCACCACUUUCCAGCAACUGCACUCCUUCUCCAUCGGUCUCCCCGGUGCCCCGGAUACCGAGGCUGCCCUUGAGGUUGCCCGCUUCCUUGGAACCAAGCACCACCCCUUCACUUUCACCGUCCAGGACGGCCUUGACGCCCUCUCUGACGUGAUCUACCACCUCGAGACCUACGAUGUGACCACUAUCCGUGCCUCCACCCCCAUGUACCUGCUCUCCCGUAAGAUCAAGGCCAUGGGUGUCAAGAUGGUUCUCAGUGGUGAGGGCUCCGACGAGAUCUUCGGUGGUUACCUUUACUUCCACGCUGCUCCCAACAAGGAGGAGCUCCACAAGGAGACCGUCCGCCGUGUCAAGAACCUGCACCUGGCUGACUGCCUGCGUGCCAACAAGUCCACCUCCGCCUGGGGUCUUGAGGCCCGUGUGCCCUUCCUUGACAAGGAGUUCCUCGAGACCUGCAUGGGUGUUGACCCCCAGGACAAGAUGAUCACCAAGGAGCGCAUCGAGAAGCACAUGCUGCGCAAGGCUUUCGACACCACCGAUGAGCCCGAGACUGCUGCUUACCUCCCCGACAAGAUCCUCUGGCGCCAGAAGGAGCAGUUCAGUGACGGUGUCGGAUACAGCUGGAUUGACGGCCUCAAGGAUGAGGCUGAGCGCCAGGUCACUGACGAGAUGAUGAAGAACCCCAAGCCCGAGUGGGGCACCGAUGUCCCCGACACCAAGGAGGCAUACUGGUACCGCACCAUGUUCGAUGAGCACUUCCCCCCCUACUGUGCCGGUACCGUUGAGCGCUGGACCCCCACCUGGUCCAAGCAGACCGACCCCAGUGGCCGUGCCAUCUCCUACCACAACCAGAAGUACGACCAGGCCGAGUAA